AUGCUGUUUGGUCGCCCAGAGAUUAUUAUCAAUUCUCUGAUUCAGGAGGUGAAUAAAAUUCCUGACCCCACAGCGGAAAACUUAACUUCCAUCAUAGAUUUCGCGCUCGGCGUUCGGAACCUGGUUGCUACAAUGCAAGCCAGCAACAUGGAGGAACACCUACGCAAUAUUUCGGUUUUGCAAGGGUUAGUUGAUCGACUGCCGCCAAUGAUACAACUAAACUGGGCAACAUUUCGUUUAGGGUUGCAGCAAGCCUCGUUGUUGGAUUUCAGUGAAUGGCUAUAUAAAUUAGCUGAAGCAGCCAGUGUGGUCUCGCCUUCAUCGAUUGCUGGGGCAGCUGGUAAACCUAGGCGUGGUCGAAAGGACGAUGGUUUUCUAAACACGCAUUUGGGAAACUCAAGCAACGACUUCGAUGAUGACUGUGGAUCCUCGCUGACUUUGAUCGAAGAAAGUUUAGCGGCUGAGCUCAAGUUAAAGGGGGAAAAGCACCCAUUAUGCCUCAGAUGGACUGCUGACACUUGUCGCUACGAAGAGUCAGCAAAAAGAGUAGAGGUAAAUGAAUCAGGAACAAGGAAUCAGAAAAGCAAACGUCGUCUUACUGACGUUUAUACAGUGAAAGAGCUAAAGCUACCCGCCCAAUCCUUAUCGAUUGAAAAAUUGUCGGCAAGCCACAGCCAUCUGCGAGGAAUACCCGUAGACUCGUACACCAAUGUACGACCUCGUAUUCUGAUAGGUAUGGACAACAUUCGAAUCAUACACCCGUUAAAAUACCGGGAAGGUAAAGAACACGAACCAAUUGCCGCCAAAACGAGGUUGGGAUGGCUGAUAUACGGAACUUGUCUAGCAUUCACUAAAGCGAAAGAAAAAACUGCCCCGUAUAGUUAUCACAUCUGUGCGCACUCCUAUAGUGAGAAUAAUAGUAGUGAUGGCGACCUUAACGUCGCGGUAAAAAAUUAUUUUGCUCUUGAAAGCCUCGGAAUCUAUAAACCAAACAUUCUUCCUACGUCCGACGCUGACAACCGCGCAAUGAACAUUCUUCGUACUACGACAACCUACCAAGAUGGGCGUUAUCAAACAGGGCUUCUGUGGAAGUUUGAUGAUAUAAGACUUCCCAACAGUAAACCUAUGGCCUUACAAAGGCAUGUCUGUCUUAUGAAAAAGAUGCAUCGUGAACCUCAGUUGGCAAAAGCACUACAAGACAAAAUAGCCGACUACUUAAAAAAAGGUUAUAUCCGUAAGCUCUCACCUAAUGAAAUCACAGCGCCGAUGGAUCGUGUGUGGUAUUUACCUAUAUUCCCGGUCUUUAAUCCAAACAAACCGGGAAAAAUGCGAAUUGUGUGGGACGCGGCCACAACAGUCUCGGGUAUUUCGCUUAACUCAGUCCUUCUAAAAGGACCAGAUUUAUUGACAUCCUUGCCAUCAGUGCUGUACAAAUUUCGCGAGCGACGGGUGGCUAUAAGCGGUGAGAUCCGCGAAAUGUACCACCAGGUAUUAAUAAAUGAUAGCGAUCAGCAUUGCCAACGCUUCCUAUGGUGUGAUGGACAGACAGAGAAAACUCCUUGCGAAUAUGCUAUGAGAGUCAUGACCUUCGGGGCAACGUGUUCCCCUGGCACUGCUCAGUUCAUUAUGAACAAAAAUGCGACUCGGUUCGAGAAGGAUUAUCCAGUGGCGGUAGAUGCAAUUCGACGGCGACACUAUGUGGAUGAUAUGCUCGCUAGCGUAGAUACAGAAGCUGAAGCUAUUGCACUGGCUAAAGGAGUGCGCUACGUGCACCAACAAGGAGGAUUCGAAAUGAGAAAUUGGAUAUCCAAUUCACCUACCGUGUUACAGGCUCUGAAGGUCGGCGCCUCGGCUGAAAAAUGUCUCGAUAUGGAUACGCAGCUCGGUUUCGAAAAGGUAUUGGGAUUGUGGUGGGAUACCUCUAACGAUGUUUUUCAGUUCAGACUCUCUACGGAUCGAUAUUAUGACUUGCUUCACGGGCACAAACAUCCCACCAAGCGAGAAAUUUUACGCACGCUUAUGUGUGUUUACGAUCCUUUAGGACUAAUUGCGAAUUAUUUGAUGUUCCUCAAAACACUUUUGCAAGAAAUUUGGCGUACCGGGACAGAAUGGGAUGAACCGAUUGGAGAAAAACAACUCCAAAAAUGGAGAAUAUGGCUACGGUUGCUACCACAAGUGGAAUCAAUACGGAUUCCCAGGUGGUACGGCUCCCCACAGUGUUCAGGAUCAGGAAAAGUAGAGCUACAUACCUUCACUGACGCCAGCGAAACUGGAUUCGCGGCUGUCUCAUACCUGCGAUUUGAGGAAAAUAACCGCAUUCACUGUGCUCUGUUGAGCGCCAAAACACGCGUAGCACCACUGAAGUUCGUAUCUAUUCCUCGUCUUGAGCUUCAAGCAGCAGUCGUUGGAACACGGCUCGCCAAUAGUUUACAAGAAAGUCACACAAUUAAAAUAACACGUCGCUACUUUUGGACUGAUGCUCGCGAUGUCAUGUGUUGGCUUCAUUCAGAUCACCGUCGCUACUCACAAUUUGUCGCUUACCGUGUUGGUGAGCUACUUGAAUCAACUAAUCUCUCCGAAUGGCGGUGGGUGCCGAGUAAGUUGAAUGUGGCAGACGAGGGCACCAAAUGGCAACGUCUACCCGACUUGAGCAGCAGUAGUCGUUGGUUUCAAGGGCCUGCCUUUCUAUGGAAGUCACAAGCAAAAUGGCCAGUAACUCCGUCCGAAUUCGAAACGACAACUGAAGAGAUUCGCUCAAAUCUACUGCACCAUUCGGAACUAAAUCACGGUAGUCUAGACGCAGGUUAA